GCGCCAGCAGCGCGGGGCUGAUCAAGAGCUCGGUGCAAAGCCCCAGCUGCUCCUUUAGUGCUUUCAUUUCCUCCAAAGCCUGUGGCAAAGCCCCGUAGGACCAGCCCCUUCAUGAGUAACCUGUACAACUUGGAUUCACGCUGCGUCUCGCCAUGUUUCCCCAUAUUUCCUCUAGAACCGGCUAAUUUCUACGAGGGAGUCAGUGGUGGGGUCAAGUCGAACCGGGGCAUGUGCGAAGAAAGAGCCAACCUGGCUGACUUGAACCCGGCAGGUGAUAUCUACGACGACGAGACUGCCAUUGAUUUCAGCCCCUAUGUAGUGGAGCCGGUGUCAGGCUCUCAGCUGGAGCUCUACAGUGACGACUUGUUAGCAGAUCUGUUCGCCAGCACCAACAAACCGGACAAAUCUCAGCCCGAGUAUGGCUAUCUGCCUCCUCCAGCCAGUCAGAUGAUGAGCUCCGUCAGUGGUGUACCUGCCUCAACAGGUAAUCAUUCAGAGAGGGACCUCUUCGCUGCUCAACUGCACAACAGCUACGAUCAACGCCUGGAUUUAUCCAAAGUGGUGGUUAAAGAAGAAAGAGACGAAAACAUGGAAACUUCGCUGCACACUCAGAUUGCAGCCUGCGCACAGACAACCGUGCAUUUACCCACGGGCCAGCCUACUCCUCCCACUAGCCCGGAGCCCAGCUCUGCAAAUUUCCACGGUAGAUCGGCACCUGGCAAGGAAAAAGUCAAGAAAACCAUCGACCGACAAAGCUCCGAGUACCGGCAGAGGAGGGAAAGGAAUAACAUCGCAGUGAGAAAGAGUAGAGAUAAAGCCAAACAGCGUAACGUAGAGAUGCAGCAGAAAGUGAUAGAACUCAAUGCCGAGAACGAUCGUUUACACAAAAAAAUCGAGCAGUUGUCGAGGGAACUUGCGAUUAUGAGGAACUUUUUUGAGCAACAACCUAAUGCAGCAUCAUUCCUCAGUGCAAAUGCAGACUGUCGGUGACUGUUAAACAAAGCUUAAAAAGAAACAUUUAUUAGACCCUGAUACCUCAACCAAAGAGUCAAUUUUGUAGCAAGUACUGUGAACUUAGAAAUGCGUAGAUUUUUCUGGCCUUGGGAGUUCUAAACCCCUGAAACUUGUUGCAGAAUGCCUUAAAAACUUUGCCAUAGCAACAAAGGCGGAACGUUCCUUAAAUUAUUUUUUUUAUAAAUCUAAUUUUCUAUACUCAUGCAUUAAUGCAGCUACGGUACAUUUAUAUGCCACGAUUAUGAACUUUAUAUUUUUCAUUUUAGUCAGAAUGGUUGAUAGAGCAUGGUUGACGUUUGUUUUAUAUUAACUGUAUUUAGUUUUAUGAAAAGAAUCAUUAAAUACGUCAAUAUU